AUGAGGGAGCGGCGGGCUCCCUCGGGGAAGGAUCCUGACCCCGGAGAGAAGAAAGCGGAUCCUGAGCAGUUCGUAAAGCCCCCGGACGUAACUGCUGUUAGCAGGAAGAACCUCAGUCCCUGUGAGACCCCCGGAGCGGCUACGAGGAAAAGAUCCCACGGAAGUCCUAGCCUCAGGAAAAGCCCCCUCGGACCCAGUCCCAAGAGGCUGUCUCCCUGGAGAAGCAGUCCCAGGAAAGACCAUACGCUGAGUUCUUUUAACUUGUCCCCGAGACCGCUCGUCACCAGUCCUGAAGCCAAGCGUCGCUCUUGGUGUCGUUCGAGCCUGAAGGGGACAAAACGCCGAAAAUCCCUGCCUCCUGUUCACCAAGAUGUCACUGAAUUAAGCAAAUCAAUUAGCCUGGAUCUGCCGGAGAUAGACCGGCUUUCUAUGCUGCUGUUGUCCAGUUUCCAGUUUUCUGCACAGAAGCUCGAACACGUCUUGAAGCAAACUGACGGCUUUAGCCCUGAGGCUUUCAAAGCUAACGCGCACUCGGUUUCAGAAGACCUGAAGCGGUACAUGCAGAAGUUGAAACGAGACGGGACGCUGAAGAGCUGCGUAGAAGACCCUAAAGGGAUUUUACUGGACUCGGCUUUGGAUGAGUCAGUGGCCCAGGUGAAGGAGUACAUCGCCAGGUUCGCCGCCGAAUGUCGGUCCUGGGAUCAGCUCUUGCUGCGCUACCAGGAAAGGGCCGAGGGAACGUCCAG